AUGGCGCCAGCAGUCCAGCAGCCUCGAGCGGCAGCGGCAGCGGCAGCAGAACCUGCACCCAUAUCCGCGCAACCGCCCGUAUCCGAUCCCGACGCCCAUCCCGUCCCCGGCGUCGGCACCCCUUCCGAGACCCUGCAGCUCCUCGCCCGCCAGCAAUUCACAGUGACCCAGACCUCAACGCAAACCGCGGCUCCAGUCCAAACCUCCACGAUCCCGGCCUUCUACGGCUCCCUCAACACGGGCCCCCAGCCGGGCGCCGUGGCGGGCAUCGUCCUCGGCUCGGUCGCAGGCUUCAUUCUCCUGCUCUGGCUCCUCUAUGUCUGCAUCAACGGCGGCGUCGGGCGGCGCGGGGUCAGCAGCACGAGCGACACGGCGACAACGUUCACCGAGGGCACGGCCUCGGUCGUCACGCGCAAGAGCCGUCGCCAUCGGCACAGGGAACGGAGCAGGGAAAGGCGCCGGCAGGAGACGGUUGAGAUUCGGAGACGGCACAGUACCAGCCGUGUCCGUGCCGCCGGCGGUGGCGGGGCCGUCGUUGUCGAGGAGGUCGUCAGGGGCGUGUCGCCGCCGCCCGGCGCGAGGGUCGAGAGGGUCGUGAGCACGGAAGAGAGGAGGCGGAGUGUCAGUAGGGUGCGCAGAGUGCCGUCCAGCGAGGGGGGCACCGAGGAUGAGGUGGUCGUGAUUGAGGAGCAUAGUCCGCCGAGGGCGAGGUAUCGGAGUCGGGAGAGGAGGUCGAGCGGGUUUAGGGAGGUCGAUCCGGACCGGUUUGCUGGCGGGGAUGCCACGUUUGUGGAGGUCAGGAGGUCGGCAAGCCAUCGGAGGUGA